AGGUUUUUAACGCCGGUACGCUGGCUUUCUCAUCAAAUUUCACGUCUAAAAAAUUAUUUAUCAAUAUUUUUACUUCAAAAAAUUCAUUUUUUGAUUUUAUAGUUUUACUGAAAAUGGCCCCAAAGCGCAAAAAGUUGUUUGAAAGCACGCCGGCUGUCAAAAAAUCUAAGACAGCCAUAACAUCAAGAGCUGCUAUCCCCAGCGUGGCUGAUUUAAAUUUUUCAUCUGAUUCAAAAACUGAAAAUGGUGACAUGUGGAAUUUCAAAGUGGCCUCUUGGAAUGUUAAUGGAAUCAGAGCCUGGGCAGAGAAAAAUGGCCACUCAUACAUCCCGGCCGAAAACCCGGACAUAAUUUGCCUACAAGAGACAAAAUGUGAUGAAAAGAACAUCCCUGAGAAUGUAAAAAUCAACGGCUACAACAUGUUCUGGAAUUCAGCGGACAAGGGUGGCUACUCGGGGACUGCCAUAUAUUCUAAAGUUGAACCUAUAAAAGUUACCAAGGGACUAGGAAUCAAGAAACAUGACAAUGAGGGUAGAGUUAUUACGGCUGAAUUUGAGAAAUUCUACUUCGUAACUACCUAUGUUCCUAACUCAGGGCAGGGUCUGGUUAGGUUAGAUUAUCGAGUCUCCGAGUGGGACGUUGAUUUUCACGACUACCUGGUUGGACUGGAAAGGGAGAAGCCAGUUAUCCUCUGCGGGGAUCUUAAUGUAUCCUAUCUUGAUAUUGAUAUUGCCAAUCCAAAAUCAAACCAGAAGUCUGCAGGCUUCACAAAGGAGGAACGUGAAAGUUUUGGAAAGUUACUGAAUAAAUCCUUCGUCGAUUCCUUCCGCCAUUUGUACCCCACAAAAACAGGGAUGUACUCGUACUGGUCGUACAUGGGCAAUGCCAGAUCUAAAAAUGUCGGAUGGAGACUAGAUUACUGCAUGGUCAGUUCUUCACUGAAGCCGGCCAUAUGUGACAGCGUCAUGAGGAAAGAUGUGAUGGGAAGCGAUCACUGUCCAGUGGUUCUCUUUCUACAUUUAUAAAUCCUCUGUGUGCGUAUACGCGUGUGUGUGUGUCUCUCCAUAACUACUGAACCAGUAGCAAACAGAUUUCAUAACUCUAAUGUCAUUGUUUGUUUAUAGGUUAUUAUCUAAAAAUAUAAGUGGAAUUUUUUAUACUUUGGCGUUACUUUAUGAUAUUAUUUUACCUAUGAGUUAAAUCUCUCUCUCUCUUUUUCUCUAUCUUUCCUCUAUUUUAAAGUUUCCCACGCAUGACUUAUUUGUGUUGCAAUUGAUAGAAAUAGUAUUUACGAGUCCUUAUGUAUAUUUUAAUCUUUAUCUUAACUUUUAUCUUAAUUUAUUUUUCUCUCUUUCUCUCUCUCUCUCUCUCUCUCUAUAUAUAUAUAUAUAUAUAUAUAUACAAAUAAAAUUUUGGUUUUGAACUCAAAAAACUUGAGAAUGGUUUACGAUCAACAGUUAGAAAAAUCGAAAAUCAAACAUGAAGCUAGCUAGCGCUGAACAUGCUGUGAUUUUCAUCUAUAGUUGCAUUUCUGACAAUCUUUAUCCAAUAUGUAUAUAUAUUAUAUAUAUAUAUAUAAUUAUAUAUUUUUACAAUAUUCUAUAAAUACUUUUUUAACGAACUACAAACAUAUUAACGCCAAACAUUCGGUAGAAUUUAUAGAAUAUUGUAAAAAUUAUGGUCUAUUACCAACAUAAAAUUAUAUAUAUAUAUAUAUUUAUGUAUAUGUGUAUGUACGUACAAUGUUUAUUUCC